CUCUUCCUCUAUAUAUGACUUUAACUUGUUUCUUCCUGUUUAAAAAACAUUUUCUCCCCUGCGCCCAAAAUAAAUAUUUUCUCCCCCAAAAUUUUGAGCGGUUCGCGAUUAGGGUUUCUCUCCCUCCUUCCUACCAAGCUGAAUCGAAGUCAAGCAUUUCAAGUGAAGAACGAUGAGGCCAGUUUUCGUUGGAAAUUUCGAGUAUGAUACUCGUCAAUCUGAUCUUGAACGACUCUUUUCAAAGUAUGGCAGAGUUGAACGCGUUGAUAUGAAAUCUGGGUUUGCUUUUGUUUACUUUGAAGAUGAGCGUGAUGCAGAGGAUGCCAUUCGUGGUUUGGACAAUGUUCCAUUUGGCUAUGACAAGCGUAGGCUCUCAGUGGAAUGGGCCAGGGGUGAAAGGGGCAGGGCUCGUGAUGCACCCAAGGGUUCGAGUGCAAGACCUACUAAGACCUUGUUUGUCAUAAACUUUGAUCCAAUCAGGACACGUGAUCGGGAUCUGGAGAGACACUUUGAGCCAUAUGGAAAGGUUUUGAGUGUCCGAAUUCGGCGAAACUUUGCAUUUGUGCAGUUUGAGACCCAAGAAGAUGCUACCAAGGCCCUUGAAUGUACCAAUAUGAGCAAACUUGUGGACAGGGUAAUCUCAGUUGAAUAUGCUCUCCGUGAUGAUGAUGAACAAGAUGACAGAAAUAACAAAAAUUAUAGCCCGAGAGGCUAUGGCAGAAUGCCCCACCGCCGUUCCCCAACUCCUCCUUAUCGUCGCAGUAGGCCAAGUCCUGGCUAUGAUCGUCCUCGCAGCCCUGUUUAUGAUCGAUACAAUGGUCCUUCAUAUGAGAGGCACCGAAGUCCUGGGUAUGUUCGAUACCGCAGCCGAUCACCGAUUCGGAGGUCAAGAACUUGAAGCUUCACAGCUCGUCAAGUGUCAUUUUGUGACUGCAUCAUAUCGGAUAUGGAAAAACUUGUCCAGUUUUCUUUAUAAAUGAAUUUAGUAUGGGACAAUCAGAAAUUAUUGUUUUAGUCUUAGUUGUUGUGAAGGCUUGUUAUCUUUUAGAAUCCCUGUAGACAAAUAUCUAUGAGAUGGCUCUUGUGGUUAUAAUCUACUUUGUAAUGGCAUUUGAUUUAAGUCUAUUCUUACUAAUUGCAAUGUUGAAAGUUUA